AUGUCUGCCAGCAAAGCUGCCCGUGUGGGCGAAGAGAUAUGGAAGGGCCGUGUCGACAAGGUGAACGCUGAGCUUGUCGUCUUGACAUAUGGCACUAUCGUCGCUCAACUAUGCAAGGAUUUUGACGGAGACUACGUUCAGGUCAAUAAGCAGCUAGAUAAGAUGGGGUACAAUAUCGGUCUACGACUGAUAGAAGAUUAUCUUGCCAAGUCCAAUACUAUGCGGCGAUGUAGCAACUUUCGAGAGACGGCUGAUUCGCUAGCGAAGAUCGGGUUCAAGAUCUUUCUCAACAUCUCGCCAACGGUCACGAACUGGACCAGUGACAACAAACAGUUCUCGCUCAUAUUUGAGGAGAAUCCCCUGGCAGAUUUCGUAGAAUUGCCAGAUGACGGCCGAGCGCAAGAUGAACUGUGGUACUCCAAUAUAUUCUGCGGUGUCCUUCGGGGCGCGUUAGAGAUGGUACAAAUGCAGGUCGAGGCACACUUUAUCAGCGACGUAUUGAGAGGCAAUGAUACUACUGAGAUGCGAGUGUCACUGAUCCGAUAUAUUGACGACGAACUGCCGCCGGAGGACGAUUAG